AUGUCUGCUCUUCGUUACGCGGCAAAAGGUGCCUUCAAGGGUCGCACAGUCCUCAUCACCGGCGGUGGUGGUGCUAUUGGUAGAGCCGCUUCGCUAGCUUUUGCCGACGCGGGGGCGAAUGUGGUGGUGAAUGAUCUUCCAGGAGACCCCAAGGCUCCAGGAGAGGGCCCAGCGGAACGUACGGUCAAGGAGAUCAAGUCGCGUGAGGGGUCAGCUAUCGCGGUACCUGGAAGCGCCUCUGAAGGCCAAAAGCUCAUUGACGCCGCGAUCAAGGAGUUCGGUCGCAUCGAUGUGAUCGUGGCCCUUGCAGGCACGCACGCCGCCACGCUGUUCGAAAAUCACACCAUGGACGACUUCCAUCGGGUCCUUGGGGUCAACACUCUUGGGAUGGUCUCUCCCGUUCUAGCAGCAUGGCCGCACUUCAAGAAGCAGAAAUACGGGCGUGUCAUCAUCACCACGUCCGACACAAUCUUUGGCACCACUAGAAUCAGCUCGUAUAUCUUCUCCAGAGGCGCCAACUUCGUCGGGGCUCGAGGACUUGCGAUAGAGGGCGCAGAGGACAACAUACUGGUCAACUCGAUCGCGCCCGUCGCUGCCUCCGCCUUGUCUUUCGAUUAUAUCAAGGACAUGGAACCUGAAGUGAGGACACAAUACGAGGAUCAGUUGCGCAGCAAGUUCCCACCAGAAGGGAAUGUACCCGUGAUUCUCGCUCUAGCUCACGAAUCGAGCACAAUCACGGGGGAGUCUUUCAGUCUUGGGGCAUAUUGUGCCUCAAGGAUCGUACUCGGCUUUCAGGACGGUGUAACCAAUGUGCGUCAAAAUCCCGACGAGCAGUGA